AUGGGCGCGCAGCCGUCCUCAUCCCCAAAGGGCAUUGGGGCUCGUGGAAAUGCUGGAGCUAUUCAACAAUGUCAUGAUGCACUGCAGCCAGAGAGGGAGGCCCGACCUGCAAGGAGAUGCCUUCCGCUUGCGUGGUCGGGAGUUUCAGAGACAGAGGAUGAGGAGAACGAAGAUGAUGAGCCACCAUCCCACUCGCGAAAGCAGCCCACCGAGGCAUGGGAAGCACGGCCAUAUUCAAGUCAAUCUACCGCAUCUACUUUUGCCUCAACGGGAAAGCACCAGGAUGCGGCCUCAGGGUACUCCGUCCGGCCUACGAGUUCUACCUCACAGAUGAGUGGCUUUACGCCUUCGACCACACCCGGCUCAAAAAGGUCAACAGCCUCCAGAAGGAGCCGGCUGUCCAGAAGUGGAUCGCUCCCCAGUUCGGCAGGCAGCCCCGAAGCAUUGCGGGAGGCCGCACUUUGCGCGUCAGGAAUCCCACGGCCGAGUUCUCGAGAAAUUGCGCUGAAUGAUGUUAAACUGGAGGAUGCGCGGCAACGCGCCACAAAAUCGUUGGAAGUUUUGCAAGCCAAAUUACGUGCAUCUCGAGCAGACUCUGUGCCUUCGGAGGAGACAAAGAGCACCAAGACAAAGAGCGUGCGGCUCCAGGACCCUGCCUUUGCAGCUCCUGGACCGGCGCGAGGAGGCCAAGCAUGGGCAAGAUACAAAGGAACACCAGCUGCAAGCAGCCAAGAGCUUCUUUUCUCAGCUUCUGGCAGGAGCGCAGGUGAAGCACUGACAGAGGCUCAAAGAACUUCGCGCUUGGAAAGGGCACCUCAGGUUGAGCAAGGUUGGCGAACAAGAGGCGGCAUGCUGAAGCCUCAACCCUCAGUAUUAGGUCAACGGUAUGCAGACGCUGCCGACGGCGUUUAA